AACAUUACCUGCUUUUAUCAUGUUUUAUCAAAAACGAAGCCUUUAAAAACCUUAAGGGGAGUUUUUCUUUCGCGCCUCAAUAACCCGUGCCAUGAUACAGAUAACAAUGAAGACAGACUGAGGACAGAUGUUUUCCAUUUAUUUUGCAUUAAUUAUGUUUAAGAAGUCUACAAUGGAGGGGAAGCGCUGCUUCACCAUAGAGUCUCUGGUCGCCAAAGAGAACCCUCUAACUCCCGAGGAUCCCAUCCGUCCCACGGCUCUUAGUUACUCCAACCCGACGACAGAUGCUUUAAUGAACAGUUACCAGGCUCCGCAGGCCAGACCCCUGUACCAGACCCCAGACCUGGUGUUCCCAGAGACUGUGAGCCACCCCUCCCUCACCGUGGCCCCUCACCAGCUCGGUGGAUCACACCUCCAGCAUCCGCACUUCUUCGGGACGCAACACAGAGAUCCACUCAACUUCUACCCGUGGGUGCUACGGAACAGAUUUUUUGGGCACAGAUUUCAAGGUAACGACGUGUCCCAGGACAGCCUGCUGCUUCACGGUCCUUUUGCCAGAAAACCCAAACGCAUCCGGACGGCCUUCUCUCCCUCGCAGCUCCUCCGCCUGGAGAGAGCCUUCGAGAAGAACCACUACGUCGUCGGAGCCGAGAGGAAGCAGCUGGCCAACGGCUUGAGUUUAUCUGAAACACAGGUGAAGGUGUGGUUCCAGAACAGGCGGACCAAGUACAAGCGUCAGAAGCUGGAGGAGGAGGGACCAGACAGCCAGCAGAAGAAGAAGGGAAACCACCACAUCAACAGAUGGAGGAUCGCCACCAAGCAGGCCAGCUCCGAGGACAUAGAUGUGACCUCAGAGGACUAAAAGCGUCGGCUGAGUCUCCAAACAAUGCUGCCAUAAACUCUGUGUCCACUGCAGACGCAUCAAAAGGACCAACACUAUUUAUUAUGUAAUAUUAUUAUAAGUAUAAUUAGACACAUUAGAGAAAGACAUAUGUGAUCACUGCACAUCUCUUCAUCAUGGUGCUCUGAGACUGGAAAAAAAGAAAAUCACAUCUUAUUUAAAAACUCAUCUUCAGGAGGAGGAGAGAUCCUUCCACUAUUUAAAGAUCUUUGGUGUGUGACCAAAGAAGAAGAGAAACAUCACCCUUAUCAUUGUGCUUGUUUGUUUUUUAAAUUGUACUCUUAAAGGUUGUUUUGAAUGAAGCUAUUUGUUUCAUUAGAGCUGUUUCUACCACCUGCUUUUGUCAUUAACACCUCAUUGCUCACCACACCCUCAUUGCCACCUGUGUACCGUGUUAAUUUAAAUUUCUCCUCAAUGACGGGAACAUGUCGCACUCUUUGAAUCUGCUCGGCGAGCAGGAGAACAAACCAGAAGAACAAAGCAGGAAGUGGACCAUGUGUCACUGAAGAUCCUAAUUUGUCACUCGCUGAACGGUUUUGUUUUCGGAGCCAUUCCAGCGCUCUGUUAUGGUUCCUAAUGAAGAGUCUCCACAGAAAAGGCGAUUCACGAGCAGCUGUGCAUGACUCGGGGACAGAUGAGAAGCCGCAGAGACCUCUGCUGUCAGGGGCGAGUUGUGCCGCAUAAUGAAAGCGACUUCACAGCUCCUUCUUCUGCUAUGCCACAUUUUUCAGAGGAGAUGUGAUGGAUGACGUGUUCAGUUGUUGAAUUCCUGCAGAUUUCAUCAAGUGUUGUGUGUCCUAUAAACAUGUGAAGACAUACUUUUCAAGCAGAACAUGUAAUUGAAAGAAGAUGCUUUAGAAAUAAAAACAAAAGCUAUUUCUCUCAUGAAACAUUCUGUACGAUUCAGGUUCUUAAUUUGUAAAUCAGUCAAGAUGCAGUGUUAGUGUAGAUUAAUGUGAGGCUAUUUCUCCAGUUUUGGCUAGUGAACAUUUAUUUUUGCAGCAUUUUUUCUCAUUGAAUAAAAACUACAUAACAGAGCUAAACUUUUAAUGUGAAUGAACGCACAUAUGCAAUUGUCAAGUUACUCAUUACCUCAAAAAAGAAUAACAACAUAACUCAAAGUGGCUGCAACUUGAUAAUUUAACAUUACUCUACACUGGUGUAGCAUUUAAAAAAUGCUCUCAUUGUAUUAGUUGUUCUCCCACAAAUAAUUUUAUUUUUUAUUUAUUGCAUGCUAUUUUAUCAAAAAUGAGUCCUGUAAUUCAUUUAUUUGAAUUUUCUACAGCCUGCAAAUCUAUG